AUGAAAAAGCUUUUGGAAAGAGGUCAUGCUGAAAUAGCACCACCUUUGAAAGAAAAUGAAGAAUGUUGGUAUCUUCCAGUGUUUGGAGUGUAUCAUCCAAAGAAACCUAGUCGUAUCAGGUGUGUUUUUGACUCUGCUGCUAAGUUUAGAGGUCAAACUAAGCCAGAGCAAUGGAAUUAUGUUCCUACAUCUGUGAAUCCAGCUGAUCGAGCAACUCGCUCUAUGGUGAAUGAUUUCUCGUGUAAUGACAUAUGGCUGAAAGGACCUGAAACAUUCCUGAGUAGGCGUCAUGAUCUUGCUCAAGAAACUCCACAGCUAGUUCAACCAGAAGAUGAUAAGGAAGUAAGGCCAGAUGCUCUGAGAUGUGCAUGUGCCAAAUCAUUUAAAGGUAGAGCUGAUAGAAGUGUAGAGUCUUUCAGAAAAGCUGAAAUAUUUAUGAUCAAAGCAGUUCAAAAGGAAACUUACAAAGAAGAAAUUAGACUUCUUGAAGCAAAAAUGCAUCUUCCAAAAUCUAGCUUGAUUAUGGCUCUCAACCCGUACUUAGAUGAAGAUGGUGUGUUAAGGUACGUCACUAUCACCAAAGUGUUCGACACCAAGGACGUCAUCUUACAGAAGGAGCUGUUAGAUCUGGUGGAUAUUGGAUUACAGUGUAGAAAGUUACGAGGUAAAGAAGUCCAGUUGAUGAGUGAUCUACCAGCAGAUCGCUUAGAACAUACUCCACCCUUUACCAAUGUUGGAGUUGAUGCUUUUGGACCUUGGACUAUAAUGACACGCAGAACUCGUGGUGGAUCAGCAAAUUCUAAACGCUUUGUUGGUGCAACUGAUAGCCUCAAGAUAGAUGCAGUAAAUGUGGAAGAAAAGAAGAUAGUAGACCAUCUGUACCAAACAGGCACUAAAUGGAUCUUCAACGCUCCCCAUUCAUCGCACAUGGGAGGUGUAUGGGAACGCCUCAUUCGAAUCUGCCGGAAGAUCUUAGAGUCAAUGCUAGCUGAAACUCCUUAUAAAACUUUGACGCAUGAAGUGUUAUCAACCUUCAUGGCAGAAGUAUGUGCCAUAGUGAACAAUCGACCAAUAGUAAACGUAUCAACUGAUCCAGAAAACCCUUUCAUCUUGUCACCUGCCACCAUUCUUACUCAGAAAGUUGGAAUAGACCAUGUAGAAGAUUCAGUAGGAGAAAUUGAUACAAAAGACUUUUGA